AUGUGUUUCCAAAAAGAUUUUCAGCUGGGCUAUCAGAAAGCAGAUCAUGAACGGAUGCGCUCAGAAAAUCUCAAAGAAGACAAGGAGGCUGAACAUUCUAUACGAAUCGACUUACUUCAUACCGCUCGUAAUUCGAUAAUAUCGAUUUUCGGCGGGCGGCACCAGAAUGAGGAUGACGACGAUGAAUUCUCAAACAAUGAGGACGAAUCAUUGGAUUUCACCUUCAAGUAUCCUUAUUCGGAGUUGCUCAUCUGGGCAGUGUUAACAAAACGACAUAACAUGGCGAUGCUUAUGUGGAAGCAUGGGGAGGAGGCUAUGGCUAAGGCGCUGGUGGCAUGUCGUCUGUUUGAGUCGCUAGCAAACGACGCCUCACAAAACUAUUUGGAGCUGGAAAUCUGCGAAGAACUUCGGAAGAAUAGCGAGGAAUUUCGAGAGUUAUCGAUUGAAGCAUUACAAUACUGUACAGAGCAGGACAAGGAUAUCACACUGCAGCUUCUUACCUAUGAGUUAACAAACUGGGGCAAUGAGACCUGCCUCUCCUUAGCUGCUUUGAACAAUAAUCGACAGUUUUUGGCUCAUCCAUGCUGUCAACUGCUCUUAUCUGAUUUGUGGCAAGGUGGACUUCAUAUUAGGAACAGUGCUAACCUCAAGGUCCUUGGCUCUCUACUAAUGCCGGCUAUGAUUUUCAUGAUGGAGUACAAGACCAAGGAAGAGCUGAUGCUUCAACCGCAUACCUUUGCCGAACAUCUUGAGGAGAACUCUGAAAGCGAUUCAUCGCUCAGCGACGAUACCAGCUUUAGCGAUAGCAGUUCAAGUGAGACAGAGGAGGCGCUGGUGGCAUGUCGUCUGUUUGAGUCGCUAGCAAACGACGCCUCACAAAACUAUUUGGAGCUGGAAAUCUGCGAAGAACUUCGGAAGAAUAGCGAGGAAUUUCGAGAGUUAUCGAUUGAAGCAUUACAAUACUGUACAGAGCAGGACAAGGAUAUCACACUGCAGCUUCUUACCUAUGAGUUAACAAACUGGGGCAAUGAGACCUGCCUCUCCUUAGCUGCUUUGAACAAUAAUCGACAGUUUUUGGCUCAUCCAUGGUGA